CAGAUACCUAUCUAGGCCAAGAUAAAUACUAUUAAACUGCCAUACAACCACUUUUCAUGUGCAUGUGACAAUUGAUAAGGUGUAUGGAGUCUUUCUUGUCCUGGAGGACAAAUUGCUUCGCAGCAAGUUUUUAUUGAUGAAUAACACAAAAACAUGUAAGUGCAGUGCUAACACUUGUGUAUGUGUGUGUUUGUGUGUCUGUGUGUCUGUGUGUCUGUGUGUCUGUGUGUUUGUGUGUUUGUGUGUCUGUGUGUUUGUGUGUCUGUGUGUCUGUGUGUCUGUGUGUUUGUGUGUUUGUGUGUCUGUGUGUCUGUGUGUUUGUGUGUUUGUGUGUCUGUGUGUCUGUGUGUUUGUGUGUCUGUGUGUUUGUGUGUCUGUGUGUUUGUGUGUUUGUGUGUUUGUGUGUCUGUGUCUGUGUGUUUGUGUGUCUGUUUGUUUGUGUGUCUGUGUGUUUGUGUGUCUGUGUGUUUGUGUGUCUGUGUGUUUGUGUGUCUGUGUGUUUGUGUGUCUGUGUGUUUGUGUGUCUGUGUCUGUGUGUUUGUGUGUCUGUUUGUUUGUGUGUCUGUGUGUUUGUGUGUCUGUGUGUUUGUGUGUCUGUGUGUUUGUGUGUCUGUGUGUUUGUGUGUCUGUGUCUGUGUGUUUGUGUGUCUGUUUGUUUGUGUGUCUGUGUGUUUGUGUGUCUGUGUGUUUGUGUGUCUGUGUGUCUAUGUGUUUGUGUGUCUGUGUGUUUGUGUGUUUGUGUGUCUGUGUGUUUGUGUGUCUGUGUGUUUGUGUGUCUGUGUGUUUGUGUGUCUGUGUGUUUGUGUGUCUGUUUCUGUAUGUCUGUGUGUUUGUGUGUCUGUGUGUUUGUGUGUCUGUGUGUUUGUGUGUCUGUGUGUUUGUGUGUCUGUGUGUUUGUGUGUCUGUGUGUUUGUGUGUCUGUUUCUGUAUGUCUGUGUGUUUGUGUGUCUGUGUGUUUGUGUGUCUGUGUGUUUGUGUGUCUGUGUGUUUGUGUGUCUGUGUGUUUGUGUGUCUGUGUGUUUGUGUGUCUGUUUGUUUGUGUGUCUGUGUGUUUGUGUGUCUGUGUGUUUGUGUGUCUGUGUGUCUAUGUGUUUGUGUGUCUGUGUGUUUGUGUGUCUGUGUGUUUGUGUGUCUGUGUCUGUGUGUUUGUGUGUCUGUUUGUUUGUGUGUCUGUGUGUUUGUGUGUCUGUGUGUUUGUGUGUCUGUGUGUCUAUGUGUUUGUGUGUCUGUGUGUUUGUGUGUUUGUGUGUCUGUGUGUUUGUGUGUCUGUGUGUUUGUGUGUCUGUGUGUUUGUGUGUCUGUGUGUUUGUGUGUCUGUUUCUGUAUGUCUGUGUGUUUGUGUGUCUGUGUGUUUGUGUGUCUGUGUGUUUGUGUGUCUGUGUGUUUGUGUGUCUGUGUGUUUGUGUGUCUGUUUCUGUAUGUCUGUGUGUUUGUGUGUCUGUGUGUUUGUGUGUCUGUGUGUCUGUGUGUCUGUGUGUCUGUGUGUUUGUGUGUUUGUGUGUCUGUGUGUUUGUGUGUCUGUGUGUCUGUGUGUCUGUGUGUUUGUGUGUUUGUGUGUCUGUGUGUCUGUGUGUUUGUGUGUUUGUGUGUCUGUGUGUCUGUGUGUUUGUGUGUCUGUGUGUUUGUGUGUCUGUGUGUUUGUGUGUUUGUGUGUUUGUGUGUCUGUGUCUGUGUGUUUGUGUGUCUGUUUGUUUGUGUGUCUGUGUGUUUGUGUGUCUGUGUGUUUGUGUGUCUGUGUGUUUGUGUGUCUGUGUGUUUGUGUGUCUGUGUGUUUGUGUGUCUGUGUCUGUGUGUUUGUGUGUCUGUUUGUUUGUGUGUCUGUGUGUUUGUGUGUCUGUGUGUUUGUGUGUCUGUGUGUUUGUGUGUCUGUGUGUUUGUGUGUCUGUGUCUGUGUGUUUGUGUGUCUGUUUGUUUGUGUGUCUGUGUGUUUGUGUGUCUGUGUGUUUGUGUGUCUGUGUGUCUAUGUGUUUGUGUGUCUGUGUGUUUGUGUGUUUGUGUGUCUGUGUGUUUGUGUGUCUGUGUGUUUGUGUGUCUGUGUGUUUGUGUGUCUGUGUGUUUGUGUGUCUGUUUCUGUAUGUCUGUGUGUUUGUGUGUCUGUGUGUUUGUGUGUCUGUGUGUUUGUGUGUCUGUGUGUUUGUGUGUCUGUGUGUUUGUGUGUCUGUGUGUUUGUGUGUCUGUUUCUGUAUGUCUGUGUGUUUGUGUGUCUGUGUGUUUGUGUGUCUGUGUGUUUGUGUGUCUGUGUGUUUGUGUGUCUGUGUGUUUGUGUGUCUGUGUGUUUGUGUGUCUGUUUGUUUGUGUGUCUGUGUGUUUGUGUGUCUGUGUGUUUGUGUGUCUGUGUGUCUAUGUGUUUGUGUGUCUGUGUGUUUGUGUGUCUGUGUGUUUGUGUGUCUGUGUCUGUGUGUUUGUGUGUCUGUUUGUUUGUGUGUCUGUGUGUUUGUGUGUCUGUGUGUUUGUGUGUCUGUGUGUCUAUGUGUUUGUGUGUCUGUGUGUUUGUGUGUUUGUGUGUCUGUGUGUUUGUGUGUCUGUGUGUUUGUGUGUCUGUGUGUUUGUGUGUCUGUGUGUUUGUGUGUCUGUUUCUGUAUGUCUGUGUGUUUGUGUGUCUGUGUGUUUGUGUGUCUGUGUGUUUGUGUGUCUGUGUGUUUGUGUGUCUGUGUGUUUGUGUGUCUGUUUCUGUAUGUCUGUGUGUUUGUGUGUCUGUGUGUUUGUGUGUCUGUGUGUUUGUGUGUCUGUGUGUUUGUGUGUUUGUGUGUCUGUGUGUUUGUGUGUCUGUUUGUUUGUGUGUCUGUGUGUUUGUGUGUCUGUGUGUUUGUGUGUCUGUGUGUCUAUGUGUUUGUGUGUCUGUGUGUUUGUGUGUCUGUGUCUGUGUGUUUGUGUGUCUGUUUGUUUGUGUGUCUGUGUGUUUGUGUGUCUGUGUGUUUGUGUGUCUGUGUGUCUAUGUGUUUGUGUGUCUGUGUGUUUGUGUGUUUGUGUGUCUGUGUGUUUGUGUGUCUGUGUGUUUGUGUGUCUGUGUGUUUGUGUGUCUGUGUGUUUGUGUGUCUGUUUCUGUAUGUCUGUGUGUUUGUGUGUCUGUGUGUUUGUGUGUCUGUGUGUUUGUGUGUCUGUGUGUUUGUGUGUCUGUGUGUUUGUGUGUCUGUUUCUGUAUGUCUGUGUGUUUGUGUGUCUGUGUGUUUGUGUGUCUGUGUGUUUGUGUGUCUGUGUGUUUGUGUGUCUGUGUGUUUGUGUGUCUGUGUGUUUGUGUGUCUGUGUGUUUGUGUGUCUGUUUCUGUAUGUCUGUGUGUUUGUGUGUCUGUGUGUCUAUGUGUUUGUGUGUCUGUGUGUCUAUGUGUUUGUGUGUCUGUGUGUUUGUGUGUUUGUGUGUCUGUAUGUCUGUGUGUCUGUGUGUUUGUGUGUCUAUGUGUUUGUGUGUCUGUGUGUUUGUGUGUUUGUGUGUCUGUGUGUUUGUGUGUCUGUGUGUUUGUGUGUCUGUGUGUUUGUGUGUCUGUUUCUGUAUGUCGGUGUGUUUGUGUGUCUGUGUGUUUGUGUGUCUGUGUGUUUGUGUGUCUGUGUGUUUGUGUGUCUGUGUGUUUGUGUGUCUGUUUCUGUAUGUCUGUGUGUUUGUGUGUCUGUGUGUUUGUGUGUCUGUGUGUUUGUGUGUCUGUGUGUUUGUGUGUUUGUGUGUUUGUGUGUCUGUGUGUUUGUGUGUCUGUGUGUUUGUGUGUCUGUUUCUGUAUGUCUGUGUGUUUGUGUGUCUGUGUGUUUGUGUGUCUGUGUGUUUGUGUGUCUGUGUGUUUGUGUGUCUGUGUGUUUGUGUGUUUGUGUGUCUGUGUGUUUGUGUGUCUGUGUGUUUGUGUGUCUGUGUGUUUGUGUGUCUGUGUGUUUGUGUGUCUGUUUCUGUAUGUCUGUGUGUUUGUGUGUCUGUGUGUUUGUGUGUCUGUGUCUGUGUGUUUGUGUGUCUGUGUCUGUGUGUUUGUAUGUCUGUGUUUGUGUGUCUGUGUGUUUGUGUGUCUGUGUGUUUGUGUGUCUGUGUGUCUGUAUGUCUGUGUGUCUGUGUGUUUGUGUGUCUAUGUGUUUGUGUGUCUGUGUGUUUGUGUGUUUGUGUGUCUGUGUGUUUGUGUGUCUGUGUGUUUGUGUGUCUGUGUGUUUGUGUGUCUGUGUGUUUGUGUGUCUGUUUCUGUAUGUCGGUGUGUUUGUGUGUCUGUGUGUUUGUGUGUCUGUGUGUUUGUGUGUCUGUGUGUUUGUGUGUCUGUGUGUUUGUGUGUCUGUGUGUUUGUGUGUCUGUUUCUGUAUGUCUGUGUGUUUGUGUGUCUGUGUGUUUGUGUGUCUGUGUGUUUGUGUGUCUGUGUGUUUGUGUGUCUGUGUGUUUGUGUGUUUGUGUGUCUGUGUGUUUGUGUGUCUGUGUGUUUGUGUGUCUGUGUGUUUGUGUGUCUGUGUGUUUGUGUGUCUGUUUCUGUAUGUCUGUGUGUUUGUGUGUCUGUGUGUUUGUGUGUCUGUGUCUGUGUGUUUGUGUGUCUGUGUCUGUGUGUUUGUAUGUCUGUGUUUGUGUGUCUGUGUGUUUGUGUGUCUGUGUGUUUGUGUGUCUGUGUGUUUGUGUGUCUGUGUGUUUGUGUGUUUGUGUGUCUGUGUGUUUGUGUGUCUGUGUGUUUGUGUGUCUGUGUGUUUGUGUGUCUGUGUGUUUGUGUGUCUGUUUCUGUAUGUCUGUGUGUUUGUGUGUCUGUGUGUUUGUGUGUCUGUGUCUGUGUGUUUGUGUGUCUGUGUCUGUGUGUUUGUAUGUCUGUGUUUGUGUGUCUGCAGGGCUUGUGUCUGUGCCUGGACUUUCAGUUCGACACGGUGGUGAGGGACCGGCCCAUCAUCCUCAGCAAGCUGCUGAUGCUGCACCACCUGAAGCAGGAAGUCCCUGCCCUCAGCUGGGAGUUCUUUGUCAACCGCUUCGAGACGCUCUCCCUGGAGGCCCAGCUCCACCUGGACUGCAACAAGGAGUUCCCCUUUCCCACCACCAUCACAGCUGUGCGCACCAACGUGGCCAACCUUAGUGAUGCAGCGAUGUGGAGAAUCAGACGGGCGCGCUUUGCCAGGAACCGCCAGAAGAGUGUGCGUUCCCUCCGUGACAGCAUCAAGGGCCCGUCCACAACCAAGCGAGCCUUCUCCCUCCCAGAGACUCUGUGUAACCGACUACCUUUAAGGCUUACGAGGCAAGAGCACUCUGCCCCGACUCUGGGAGAUAUGAUAGAGAAAGUCCUGCCAGCACGCCUCCUCCCGCCUUUUAACCCUGAUGCUUCGGCCCCUCUCCAAGGCCACAGCCCCUCAAUGGAGGAUGACUCGGUCAUCAGGGACCUGCUCCCAGAGGAUGCUGGGAUAGAUCACCAGACGGUGCACCAGCUCAUCAUGGUACUCAUGAAGUUCAUGGCCAAAGACAAGAGCAGUGCCGAGGCAGACAUCGGCAGUGCCAAGGCCUUCAACUCGGUGAAGCGCCACCUGUAUGUGCUGCUGGGCUAUGACCAGCAGGAGGGUUGCUUCAUGAUCGCACCGCAAAAGAUGAGGACCUCCACCUGCUUCAAUGCUUUCAUUGCUGGCAUCGCACAGGUGAUGGACUACAACAUUGGGCUGGGGAAGCAGCUGCUCCCCCUGGUGGUCCAGGUGUUGAAGUACUGCACCUGCCCCCAGCUCAGACACUACUUCCAGCAGCCGCCGCGUUGCUCUCUCUGGGCCCUGCAGCCACACAUCAGACAGAUGUGGCUCAAAGCUCUGCUGGUCAUCCUCUACAAGUACCCCUACAGGGACAUGGAUGUAAGUAAAGGAGUUCUGCACCUGAUCCACAUCACCAUCAACACCCUGAAUGCCCAGUACCACAGCUGUAGACCCCAUGCCACUGCUGGACCCCUCUAUAGUGACAACUCCAACAUCAGCCGCUACAACGAGAAAGAGAAAGAGGAGGACAGUGUGUUUGAUGAGUCUGACGUUCAUGACACACCAACUGGAGCAGGCAACAAGGAGUCUCAGACCUUCUUCGCCCGUCUGAAAAGGAUCGGUGGCAGCAAGUCUGUCAAGUACCAGCCGGUAGAGCUGAAUGCCCAGAAAAGUGAAAUUGAGCUGUCUGAGUACCGUGAGGCCAGUGCGCUACAGGACAGCAUCCUGCACUGUGUGAGGGAGGAGAGCACCAGGAAGAAGCGUCUGCAGGCCAUGCACAAGCAGAAGUCCCUGGACAUUUCCAACACCGACUCCAUCCUCUACAACCUGGACGAGCACCGACGCAAGUCCUGCAUAGACCGCUGUGACCUGCAGCAUGGUACCCCCGGGCUCCCCUCCUCCACCACCUCCCACCCGAGGCGGACAGGGGGCCAUGGGAAGGGCUCGUCAGACGGCUCCUCAGGCCGAGCGGAGGGCAGUGACCACCAGGACCGUUCAGGAACCCGGGGGGGCCACUCAGACUGCUCGAGGCCUGUCAUCCCAGAGGUGCGUCUCAGCUGCAUGGAGACGUUUGAGGACAAGGCCGACUUGGACUCCCCUCUUACAGGCGGCUCUUCUGCAGAGAAGGAGGACCAGGACCUCAUUGACCUCUCCUCCGACUGCACUUCAAUCCCAGAGAAGCACUCCAUCCUCUCCAUGUCCGACAGUGACUCCCUGGUGUUUGAGCCCCUACCACCACUGAGGAUCGUGGAGAGUGACGAGGAGUUUGACCUGAACAUGGUGAUGGGCCCCAGGCUGAAUGGGAGUGCCAGGCCCCCUGCUUCCCCUGCCAGGCCUGCUGCUUCCCCUGCCAGGCCCCCUGCCUCCCCUGCCAGGUAUGCUGCCUCCCCUGCCAAGCCCGCUGCCUCCCCUGCCAGGCCCACUGCCUCCCCUGCCAGCAGCAGCACCGCGUGCCUGUCCCCCAUGGUGCAGGUGAGCGUGGAGGACUGUUCUAAGGAGAAGAGGACCACAGACUCCCCAUCAAAAGAAAGCCCCCAACAGCCUCUACAGAGGAGACCACACUAUGCAACCCCCACCACCUCCCUGGAGCUGCCUGACCGGUCGGAGCACCCUGGCCUGGAGAGCCCCAUGACUCUCAGCUUACAACAGAAGAGGGACCUGCUGAGGAAGACCCCUGCUGUCCCUGACACCUCCCUGGAUGACUUUGUGCAUCCUGAGGACUUAAAGGCAGGGGUGGGUCUGGGGACCAGUCCCUCUGGCAGGAUGAUCUUCCUGGACAUCCCUGAGGACACAGUUGAACCCCUCACCUCUCUGGAGGGGAACAACAACGACGAAGAGGAAUAUUAUGAAGAAGAUGACGAGGACCUUGAUGACAGUGACUUUAAACCUGAUGAUGAUGAGAACGACGAGGCAGAGUUUAAGAUCCAGAUAGUUCCCCGGCAACGCAAACAGAGGAAGAUAGCUGUGAGUGCCAUCCAGAGAGAGUACCUGGACAUCUCCUUCAACACCCUGGACAAGCUGGGUGAGCAGCCCACUGACACAGAUCACAAAGUUCUGUCUACCCUGGAAAAGCCACGGGAAUCCGCCUCAGCCCCCACCCUUGAAGCUGCUAUCCCAGAAACAAGCAACCGCUCUUCAGUAUCAACUCAGUACCGUCAGGCAAAGCGAGGCUCGUUGGGAGCUCUAACCAUGAGCCAGCUGAUGAAGAGACAGCUGGAGCACCAGUCCAGUGCCCCUCACAACAUCAGCACCUGGGAGACAGGCCCCACCAAGACCAGCCUCCUAUCUGCCCCCAGUACAGUCAGCAUGUUUGUGCCUGCCCCUGAGGAGUUCAUUGAUGACCAGCCCACCACCAUGACUGACAGGUGUCGUGACUGUGGUGCGGUGCUAGAGGAGUAUGAUGAGGAGACCCUGGGCCUGGCAGUGGUGGUGCUCUCCAUGUUCAUCCACCUCAGCCCUGACCAAGCUGCUCCCCUGCUUCUGGACAUCAUGCAGUCUGUGGGCAGGCUGGCGUCUAGUGCUAAUUUCUCUGGGCAAGCUGAGAGCAUGCUGAUCCCUGGCAACGCAGCAGGUGUGGCUAAGCAGUUCCUCCGCUGUGUGUUCCAUCAGCUGGCCCCCAAUGGCAUCCUGCCCCAGCUCUUCCAGAGCAACAUCAAAGAUGGAGGUUUUCUGAGAACAUUGGCCUUUUCCCUGAUUGAUUUUAAUGAACUGAGUUCUGUGGCUGCACUGAACCAGCUGCUGGAGGGUCUGAACAACAAGAAGAGUCUACCAGCAGGGGGCACCAUGCUGCACUGCCUGGGGAACAUCGCCACCUUCAUGGAGGCCCUGCCCAUGGACUCCCCCAGCAACUUGUGGACCACCAUCUGCAAUCAGUUCCAGACCUUCCUCACUAAACUACCCUCUGUGCUGCCUCUGAAGUGUCCCCUGGACUCCAGUUUGAGGAUCAUCAUUUGCCUGUUGAAGAUCCCCACCACAAGUGCAACACGGAGCUUACUGGAGCCCUUCUCCAAACUGCUGAGCUUUGUCAUCCAGUAUGGAGUGUUCAGCCUCUCUUACCUGGUGGAGCUGUGUGGCCUCUGCUACAAAGCCUUCAAUAAGGAGCGAGAUAAGUUCUAUAUGUCUCGUAUUGUGGUGCUGGAGCUUCUACAGGCUCUGAAGUUCAAGUCUCCUCUACCCGAUACUAACCUGCUACUGCUUGUCCAGUUUGUUUGUUCAGAUAUUGGUACGAGGCUAGCAGAGUCUACUGUACUCUCAAAGCACAUGAUCUCAUCUCUUCCAGGGUGCACGACAGCAGCAAUGGAAUGCAUGAGGCAAUACAUCAGUGAACUUCUAGACUUCAUAGCGGAUAUGCACACACUGACCAAAUUAAAAAGCCAUAUGAAGGCGUGUUGUCAGCCACUGCACGAGGACACGUUCGGAGGGAACCUGAAAGUGGGCCUGGCACAGGUAGCUGCCAUGGAGAUCAGCAAAGGCAAUCACCGUGACAACAAGGCAGUGAUCCGUUAUCUGCCCUGGCUCUACCAUCCCCCGUCCGCCAUGCAGCAGGGACCUAAGGAGUUCAUUGAAUGUGUGUCCCACAUCCGCCAGCUAUCCUGGCUGCUCCUGGGCUCCCUGACCCACUAUGCCCUGCACCAGGGCUCCACCUCCUGUAUGCCCAUCCCCCUGGACGCUGGCUCACACAUCGCUGACCACCUCAUCGUCAUCCUCAUCGGCUUCCCUGAACAAUCCAAGACGUCAGUGCUGCACAUGUGCUCCCUGUUCCAUGCCUUCAUGUUUGCCCAGCUGUGGACCAUCUACUGUGAGCAGUCGGCGGCCACUCCGGCCCUGCAGAACCAGAAUCAGACAGAGUUCUCCUCCAACGCCAUCCUGACCGGCCUGGAGUUCUGGAGCCGCGUCACACCCAGCAUCUUGCAGCUCAUGGCCCACAACAAAGUGAUGGUGGAGAUGGUGUGUCUACAUGUCAUUAGCCUGAUGGAGGCUCUACAAGAAUGCAACUCAACUAUCUUUGUGAAGUUAAUACCUAUGUGGUUGCCCAUGAUUCAAUCUAACCUAAAGCACCUGUCUGCAGGGCUACAGCUGCGGCUGCAGGCCAUCCAGAACAGAGUGAACCACCAGUGUGUGCAGGGCCAGGCGGCUGGGGCCCUGCCCUUCGCCCUGCGCAAGUGGCUGCAGUGCACACAGUUCAAGAUGGCCCAGGUGGAAAUCCAGUCAUCCGAGGCUGCCUCACAGUUCUACCCCAUGUGACCUGCCCACCUCUCACUAUGGGAGAUCCUCCAAGACCCAGUCCUCCUCAGGACCAGCAUGCAUCUGUUUGCUGCCGGCCUGACCAUAAACAUCAGGAAGUCGACUCCUGCAUAAACUGACUCUCGCCGUCUUAAGACACUGCUUCCGACGUAAUCAUCUUCAGCACCUUCUAAACUUUGUAUAUCUAUACUAUUCUUUGGUGCAAUGAAAGGAUAGGUGAGUAGAGGUUGGGCAGGUGUGCAGAUGUAGGGGGAUCACAGUUCUGUAGAUAGCAGGUUAGGUGUCCAACAUGCUGUGUGCUGCAUCAGAGGUCAGAACAGAUGGAGAGAAUAUAUAGCAGCAGAUGAUAGUCUGGAUGAGGAAUGCUGAAGCAGACUUGUUCACUUGGUGAUUCUCAUGGUCUAUAUCGUUAUGUUCAGUUGCAAGCCUGAUAAAAAUAAUAAAAUCAAGACACAUUUUCUAAAUCUUGUCUCUGUCAUUUCUACAGAGGACAGUUAAAGUGCACAAAGUGUGAUAUGAUUGCACAUCUGCACAGUAACUACUACAGUAUAUCUUCACUAAGGUUUAUGGGAAAACGAAAUGACUGCAAGAGGAUCUGUUAAACCCAAAGACUGUAUAGGAACCACCCAUAUCCUAGCUCAGAAGAAACCAAUAGCAAUCAUACUAUAUAUCUUAUCAGUAAAUCCAAUUAGACUUUAGAGCACCUGUCUCACCUCUUCCUCUGCUCAGUUCCAACAGGUUGCCUCUCGCCAUCAGAGCCCAGAUCGAUCAGACACAAUGUGGGUUGCAGUAGCAACAGAAGCAGCAGCGUUGUAACUCGAUCAGGAUGAAACCAAACAGGGGAGGUAAACAAGACAAGCUAGUCCGUGUUGACCGCCCCCUGUAGAGCCUAGCCAUCAUUUCCCACAGACAUGGACCAAAUACACUUACCUCUGGUCUAAUGUGGUUUGUCAUGAUAAAGCAUUGUUGUGGAAUCUAAUCACAUUAUGGAAAGGGCACUUGUCAGGGAAUACCACGCCACAUGAGAGCUGGACUAUACCGUAUAUUUAAAUCAAAGCUUGAUCUCACUCACUUUUUUUCUCUACAUUGUUUCCCUUUUAUUUUCAAGUUGAAUUAAAAAGCUAUUUAAUGCCAUGGUUGUCGGACACAAACGGAAAACAAGCAGGGUAGAAUUAGAUGAGUCCUGUAGAAUGUAUCAUAUUUCAUAACUUCUCUACGCCUGCACUUUGUAAAGGGAUCCUAUGAGAGGCGUGUGUCAAAUGAGUCACCAGCUUUAAGUGCUGUCUGACGGUGGCAACUGCAGCCCCGGUGCAAGGGGAUUUCACUUGAUUAAACACACACACACACACACACACACACACACACACACACACACACACACACACACACACACACACACACACACACACACACACACACACACACACACACACACACACACACACACACACACACACACACACAGGUGACUCCAUCAAUCUCUGUGCUUAGCUCAUCAAAUAGCCUCUCUGCAACAGUGUUCCUGUGUGUGUGUGUUUAAUCAAGUGAAAUCCCCUUGCACCGGGGCUGCAUCUGCCAGUCGUUGCCACCGUCAUGAUCGUUUGAACUUGCAGCUCUUUUUUAAAGAACCUCUCUUAUUAGCAGCUGCUUAUCUAAUCAAUGUCCCACAGGUACCCAGCACUCUCCCUGCCUGCCGGCCUGCCUCCUCCUGGAGGACCAUAUGGGAGCACUGACCUGAUGAGCAGGCAGUUGGAGAUCUAGUGGGUAAUUAAUGCUGACCAAGGGCUCUCAGGCAGAGAGUGUCCCCAGAGCAAGCAGCCCUAGAUUGCGAAGGUCAGCUUUGAGACACACACAGGAGCAUGGACAUGCAUGGAUUUUCCCUGAUAUAAAGGGUAGCCUGUUUACUGCUCAACAGCAAACAGUUCCGCCUUGAGCUAACAGCCACAAAUAAGAGACACACAGAAGCACUCACUGGAUGUCUAAUAACAAUUAAAAACUGGGUGGUUUGAGCCCUGAAUGCUGAUUGGCUAACAGCCGUGGUAUCAGACUGUAUACCACUGGUAUGACAAAAAAAAUAUUUUUACUGCUCUAAUUAAGUUGGUAACCAGUUUAUAAUAGCAAUAGGGCACCUCAGGGUUUGUGAUAUAUGGCCAAUAUACCACGGCUAAGGGCUGUAUCCAGGUACUCCGUGUUUCGUCGUACUUAAGAACAUCCCUUAGCCUUGGUAUAUUGGCCAUAUACCACACCCCCUCAUGCCUUAUUGCUUAAGUAUAUACUCAUAUAUAACCAAUAGUGCAAGUGUCCUCUGAUUGGUCAUAAUCAGUCAAUAGCACAUAAGAAGCCUAAACUCUUGUAAUGAUAGAAACGAUCUAAGACCACAGUAGCUAUAUUACUGUCAAGAAUGGAUCGAAUUUGCUGCUAAACAAAUAACAAGGUGAUUAUUUUCCCAUUUACCCUCUUGGAAUACAUUGUAUUUUAUCUGGGCGAGCCACACAGAGCUUGUUGAGAUAGAGAGGAUCCCUGGCCUUCCUCUUCAGGCCUGUCAGAUCUUUUUUAUUACAGAGCAACUCAGAGUGCCCUGGCUGGACAAUGCAUGAAUGUUUAAAUUGCCCAGAGUGUCCCAUGGCAUUAUCAUCAAGUGGCACAUCUAAAGCAGGAGAAGGCAGACUAGUGUAUGGUCUCUCAUUCCCAUUCCUCUCUCCCUCUCUACAUGGCUCAGCUUGGACCCUGCUGCCUUUCUCCCCCAACGAAGUGGUUGUGUUUCUAAUGGUUUCUUUUUUUAAAGGAGGAAAAUUCUCAAGAAUAUGGACUAAUUGAUUCCUUGAUGACCUACCAGAGCCCAUAGCUUUUCCCAAUUCUAUUUCUAUUGACAACAUUUAUGAGGAGAGUACAUAUUCCCAGAUUGUGUGAUUUGGGUUUGUCAGCUGCUCUAUUCACCUAUGUGCCACAAUGGCCAGAGUGGUAGCAGAGCAGAAGUGGCUGACCAGUCCUAUGUACAUAAUGUAGUCUGUGUACAGAGAUUGGGCCGUGCCAUACCCUGACAUGAAAAGAACCCCAGUGGCCCACAAGUUAUCCUCUUUGCAUGACCGAGCCCCAGGGAGAUGGCCGUGUUUGAUAAUAGCUGUUCAUUAAAAAUGAACAGUGUGAGACAGACUGAGAACAUGUCCUGUACACAGGGGGAACUCAGAAGAAGACCAGCACAGAGCUCUCUGAGACACGGAGAGGAGAGGCACCAUGGGUACAGGCAAAAAAAAAACACCUUUAUCAUUAACACACACUGGCUUUAUCAAUGUUGUACUGUACGCCAUUCAAUUAAACCAUGUUCUAAUUUUG